AUGCCAGCCAUUCUCUUCAACCAGACUCCCUCGGUCGAGCCCCAACACAGCUCCAAGCCAACAAUAUCCCUCGCAACACAGUCGCAGACUGCAUCAUCCCAAGAUCUGCCAUCCGCCGCCGACUGCGCUGCCCACCUCCACCUCCUCGAGGCCUUCGUUACCCUCAAUGAGACCAUCCAAGACCUCGCCGUUGACGCCGGCCUCAGCCCCGAUCGCGCGUGGGGCUCCUUCUGCAACCGCGCCGUCGCCCGCUUCGAAGAAUGGAGCGCCCGGGGUCCGGCCGACCGGAUGACGAUGCCCCCCGUCGACGUGCUCAUGGCGUGGCAUGCUCUGAUGCUGCACCCCAAGGCCUAUGCGCGCUUCGUCGAGCUCGGCGGCAAGUUGGGCCUCGACGGCAUGGACUGGUCUAGGAUCUCGACCUCAGCCGUCCCCGACGUCGAUAUCGACUCCCUCACGUCAGCCCACACCGGCAUCUUCACCCUCCGCUCCUCGGCCGGCACCCCUCUCUUCACCUACCCCCUCGCCGCUGCCAUCCGCCGCCAAGUCUCCUUUUCCUUGAAGAUGACCCGCCACGCCUGGCUGCGCAGCCCUUCGCUCGCCUCGACCCUCGGCCGCGCCCGCGCCCGCUACGCCCGCUUCUUCCGCCUCAUUGCCGCCCACCCGCGCACCGCCAUGGUGCCCACCCUCGACGUCGACCUUGUCUGGCACACUCACCAGCUCGCGCCCGCCCGGUACCUCGCUCACUCGAAGCGCGUCGUCGGCCGGCUCGUCGACCACGACGACGAGAUCGAGGACGCGACGCUCGGUGCGCUGUCGGCCGACAUGCAGACACUCUGGGCCGACGCCUUCGGCGAGGCAUACCACGUGUGCCUGUGCUGGGCGUGCGAGGGCGGGCGCGCAGGCGUCGACGCUGGGGUCGUUGCGGAGGCGCUGCGGGGCGAGCUGCCGUGCGCCGACCUCGCGUUCCCGAGGUGCGAUGAUUGCGGCGCGCACCCCGAGAGCUGCUGUCCCGAGGUCGAGGGCGCCGCCGGGUGCGGGAGCGGGUGCGGCGGUGGGUGCGGAGGGGAGGGCGGAUGCGGGAGCUGCGGUGCGAUGAGGUGA